AAUAUGUGGGUUGUUGUUGAAAAUUCAAUUGAAGUAGAGGUUUCUGAAGGUUCCAGUGGUGGUCUAUUUUUAGAAAUUCGGUGAAAAARGGGAAAUUGUUUAAAAUGUUUUGGGACAUUGUUGAAAUGAGAGCAUGACUUUUGUACAGUUAUUGAGUUUGCUAUUUUUUUUUUUUUUGCUAUUAUUUCAGUUUUUCUUUAACUCUGGGAAGUACCUAGUAUGCGAUACUACAGAAAAGCAAGAACCAAAAUCCUGGUUAAGAACUGAAUUUAUUGAAUUCAAUGGCGCUAAGCGUGUGUUCAUUUACAUUAGUUACACCAUCAGAAAAUGUAAAUCAAAUUCUAAAUACUGCAAAGAACAGUUUAAACUUUACACAGCACAAACUAGCAAGUCUGCAUCAAGUCCUAAACCUCCAAAUGGAUUUGAGGAAAUUGCAGUUGCAAAGCCUACAAACCUCAAAGAUGGAGUACCAGAUGAAAAGGACGUUAUUGUGUUGAAUGCAACAAUCAAAGCAAAGAUGGRUGGAUUUUAYCURGCUUUSUUGGAUCAAGGUGUAUGUCUCACAUUGUACAGCAUCAAAGUCAUGUACUACUUUUGUUCUGAAAGAGGAAAAUAUCUUGAUUUAGUCAAGUUUCCGAAAACAAUAUCUCCAGCUGAAGACAUUGUAGGAUCUCAGGGUCAAGUCCAUGGAUCUUGCUCAGAUUCAAAUGCUAAAAAUACAAGUGAAUUACURGGUGUUUGCACUACCAAAGGAGUGUGGAAAAUGAAUAGUCAUGUCAGGUGCUUGUGCAAACCGGGUUAUGGUUAUUUGACAACUCCUACAAAGAAAUGCCAAGCUUGUGGGUCUGGGCAGUACAAGAGUUCUCUUGAUAACAGUGUGUGUAAGACCUGUCCUAUUGGCUCUUUUCCCUUUGCACAGAAGACAGAGUGUAGAUGUAAGUCUGGAUUGUUUAGGAUGAAUAAAAAGAACAGUGAACCAUGYUAUGCUGUUCCUGAUGGUCCUAAAUAUGCCAAUGCAACAACAUGGAAUAGCACAUCUAUCCGAGUGUCAUGGCCUCCACCAAGUGACAAAAGUGUAACCUUCACAAUUGAAUGCUUUGUMUGUAAAAAUGACAAGGAUGAAGAGUGUGUUGAACCAUGCAAUAAAAAAAUCAUMUAUCACCCUGGUAAAAUUGGUCUUAAAAGUAGAGUAUCUGUAUCAGGAUUGAAGUCUAGCUCAAGAUUCAAGUUUCAGAUCUUUGGUGUUGCACUUUUGAAUCAGAAAGUYGAGAAAUCUGAGUGGAAGUAUGUUGUGGCUUUUGGAAAGACAAAGAAAGGUCCCCCAGAAGCACCAAACACAGUUACCAAAGCUGACAAGUUCAAAAAGCUAAUGUUAACUGUUGUUGUUCCUGUGUUGGCCUUCCUUGUUCUUGUAAUAAUUAUCUGUGCAGUUUGUUUAUGCAGAAGAUCUAACAGGAAGUAUGCUACAAGAGUACCUGGAUUUGAUACCAGUGAUACUCAUGAACUUCCAACCAUUGGAGUAAAAGUCUACAUUGAUCCAACAAACUAYGACAACCCAGAAGAAGCUCUGAAAAAUUUUGCUAAAGAACUCGAUACUUGUUGCYUGACCCUGGAGAAGGUCAUAGGCGGAGGUGAAUUUGGUGAUGUGUAUAAAGGUGUAUUAAAGCGCACAGGAGAGGACCCCUUACCUGUCGCCAUCAAGACACUUAAGAAAGAAUCAACAAAAAAGAACCGUGAUGACUUUUUGCUAGAGGCCUCUGUGAUGGGACAGUUUUGUGACCCUAAUGUGAUCUUCUUAGAGGGUGUCGUUACAAAAUCAAAUCCACUGAUGAUUGUCACAGAGUUUAUGAGUAAUGGAUCCUUGGAUAAUUUCCUUAAAGAAAUGGAUUCGAAGCUGAGUGUGCUUCAGAUGCUUGGAAUGGCACGUGGCGUUGCGUCGGGUAUGAAGUUCCUGUCUGAAAUGAACUUUGUGCAUAGAGACUUAGCAGCGAGAAACAUUCUUGUAAGUGAAACGUUGGUUUGUAAAGUCGCUGAUUUUGGUUUGUCAAGAGAACUGGAAGAUUCUGCUUAUGAAACUAGAGGUGGUAAGAUUCCCGUUCGAUGGACAGCACCAGAAGCUAUCAAGUUUAGAAAGUUCAGCACGUCCAGCGAUGUAUGGAGCUAUGGUAUUUUGUUAUGGGAAAUCAUGUCGUUUGCCGAGCGACCAUAUUGGGAUUGGAGCAACUUUGAGGUCAUGGAUAGAGUAGAAGGUGGAUUUAGGCUUCCUCCUCCAAUGCAAUGUCCAACCGCUGUGCAUCAAGUAAUGCUGGAUUGCUGGAAAGCUGAUCGAACUCAACGACCCAAGUUCGCCGCCAUCAAGAACCAUUUGGAUAUGUUAAUCAGAUCACCAGAAAAACUCAAGGAAAACAUACCAAUACAGCCAAGUCAACCGAGUAUCGACUAUACCGACGUUACAACUAUCGGGGAUUGGUUGAAAAGCAUCAAGAUGGCGCAGUACACCGAUAGGUUUGUCCAGGCUGGCUAUAGUAACCUUAAAAACCUGGCAGAGUUUGAAGAGCCUGACCUCGAUGAAAUGGGAAUCAAACUGAUCGGCCAUAAGAACAAGAUCAGAAAAAGCAUCCGCGACGUCCGGAAGAARCUGCAUCGUGAGUCGUCAGUUCCGGUAUAAUGGUUUCUAUAGUAGCGCUAGAGCAACCAAUCAGACUGGGAGAAGCUUGUCUUGGGACAUCCGGUCCGUGUUACGUACAAAUCUAAACAAGAAGUCACCUUGGCAGCAAAAGUGGCGAUUUCAUUUUUUCAAGUACUGUUCUAAAUAUGGCAGUUGAUAUGACGUCAUGAACUAAGCAACCAAUUAGAAUAGAGUAUCAAAAGAUGUCGUACGUACACACGAAGAACAGCAUAACCUUGACCAACAGCGUGUGUGAUAUAUCUCCAAAGAAAUAAAAACUUACUUUAUUUUGAACCGACCACUGGUCACGUGAUGUCCAGGUUUUUUUGUUGUGAUUUAUGUUAUGCUAUUUAGUCGCUUUCWCAGCGUGUUUUAUUAUCGGGUUUCCUGUCUUGUAGAGUACAAAGGAAGCCCGUCACUAGCAAGCUUUAAUGGAGACUAUAUUAUCACACUAUAAAGGAGUAUUUUUUCAAUAAGCCUGUUUGUAAAUCAAGCUAAGCUUGCAUUGUAUAAUUGCAUUAAUUUCCGUAGAACGACGAAAUUAUUUUAGAUUUCAUAGAAAUACUAUUUUUCGAGUACAAACAAGACACCUACAACAAUUAGUGGUGUUAUGAGAAGAGUUUGAGAGGAUUGUUGCCAUACUGUCCGGUGUAUGACCGAUAUCAUACUGUUAUUGCACAACAUUUUCAAUAUGUUUACUGAUGAUGAUUUAUUGAUUGAUUUCUAGCAAUUCACAAAGAAUGUAGGUUUUUUCUAAGUAAAAAAAAAAUUGGUAAUAUUUAUUUUUUAGAUAUCAAUAUUCUGGGUGGAUAACCGGACAGUAUGGUGGAGAACCCCCACCUUACAAAACAGCAAAGUGCUGUUGAGAAGAAAUUAGUUCUUAAUCAAUGAAUUAUGAUAAUAAUAAACUGUGUACUAUAGAACCAAUCAAUUGUAGAUAGACUAUCACGUUUUGUAUUAUAAUUUCACGGUAACAAAAGCUGUAAAAAUAUUYGUCUUUGUAUGGUAUGUGGAUUUUGUUACAGUCAUGGCACUUAACCCGUGUUAGAGAGAAGCCACGUGAUGUACUUGUUUGAAUAAUUUUAGAGUACAAACACUAAAAGUGUGCAACAUAAAUACCACUAAAUACUGCUAAAUUAUUCUAAUAAUAUUGUUUUCUAUUGUUCAGUUAGUACUAUUUACAGUAAAUAGUUCAAAGUGUUGCACAUAUUAAGUGUUUGUACCCUACUCAGCCAGCGAUAGUUAACUAAAUAUUUCAAGGAAACAAUGAUUUUUGGUAUUUUUUGCAGAUUAGUUUGUCUAGCUGGAUUGCAACCGGCCUCUCAUAUGUCUCACUGUUUUUGUUAAUACAAGAGCAUUCGGCCCAGUWMAUAUUUCUUGUAGAGAAACAUUAAAUAAUUUAACAGGUUAAGAGCCAUGACUUAGUGUUGUAUAGGGAGUUUUUAUUGUGAAUUAUCAUCAUAUAAAUAAAGAUAUACUUUGAGUA